UGCCGCUGCGCUCGUAAUCCGCCAUCUCUGCUCGUCUCGGACUCGCCGGCAGGUGGCGCCGGUCCCAUGGACGCUUCGUGCAAUGUUUACGAGCGACGAAGAAGACGACGGGCGAAACAUGUCAGCAGCAGGCUAACUCGGCGAAAACACAAAGCGAACUGGCCCCUUUAAACGCUUGGUGUUAAACUAUGAGCCAGUCAAGAUGGGGCAGGCCCUGUGUGUAUGCUCCCGUGGCUCCAUCACCAUCGAUAACAAGAAAUACUACUUCGUCCAGAAACUCGAUGAAGGUGGGUUCAGUUAUGUGGAUCUGGUAGAAGGAGUGAAGGAUGGGCGCUUCUAUGCCCUGAAGAGGAUCCUGUGCCAUGACCGCGAAGGUCGCCAAGAGGCUCAGACGGAGAUGGAGAUGCAUCACAUGUUUAAUCACCCCAACAUCUUGAGCCUAGUUGCACACACCUUUGUUGAUCGCGGAGGCAAAAGUGAAGCCUGGUUACUUCUGCCUUAUAUAAGUAAAGGCAGUCUGUGGUCUGUCCUGGAGAAGCUAAGAGACAAGCGGAGCUCAAUGCCCGAAAAACUGAUUCUGCAAAUUUUGCGUGGCAUCUGUUCUGGACUCAAGGCCAUUCACGAAAAAGGCUAUGCACACAGAGAUCUGAAACCCACCAAUGUGCUUCUGGAUGAGGAUGAUAGGCCAGUUCUAAUGGACCUGGGCUCAAUGAACCGUGCCAGGAUUGAGGUUAAAGGUACCAGAGAAGCCAUGACCAUACAGGACUGGGCAGCCCAGCGUUGCACCAUUUCCUACAGGGCUCCUGAACUCUUCAAUGUAGAGAGCCACUGCAUUAUAGAUGAGCGGACUGAUAUCUGGUCGCUCGGCUGUGUGCUUUACUGCAUGAUGAUGUUGGAGGGGCCAUACGACCUGGUGUUUCAGAAGGGGGACAGUGUUGCCCUCGCUGUCCAGAAUCCAGUGUCCAUCCCACAGUCUUGCAGUUACUCCCAGGGCCUGCAGAUGCUGCUGAGCUCCAUAAUGGUGACGAACCCUCAGGAGAGACCAAACAUCAGUUGGGUUCUUGACCAAGUACAGGACCUGCAGAGUCGCAGCCCCAACACCCAAACCAACAUGGUCUGAUGUUGCACGGUGCACUAGAUGCGGACUCUUGUGGACCUCUUGUGGACAUUUUAUUUUAAGCUUGAAAAUAUUCCUGUUAUUUAUUCACUUAAGUUGAAAAGCCUAGGUACAGACUUCCACUUAGCUUGGGGGGAACUCGGCAACAGUAUCAGCUUCAUGAAUGAUCUGAUCCAGCCUGCGUAUCAUAGUUGACUCUUGUAAUCCCAACCAAAUUAUCCCCAAAAAAUCUGAAUUGCCUUAAAUGUAGUUUGACCCUGCAACAUGCAAGGGUUGCUUCUAAUAAGGAAGUGGCCUUACGUUGUUCAGAGACACUUCGACAUUGUGGAAAAUAUUUGCAUUCGCUUUCUCCAAGAGUCACAUGAGAAGAUGAGUAAAUUUUCAUAUUGGCAAACAUAAAGGCAAACUAUGUUUGUGAAAGGUUAAUUUAUCGUCCAAAUUAUAAACCGGUCGGGCUCCACUAAUUUGCAAUGUUAUUAUUUUACAGUUUCUUUUUUUAUGGAUGAACAGAAUCUAGCUAGCUGCCCCCCCCCCUCUUUUUAUACUUUAUGCUAAACUAAGCUGACAGACUGUCAGCUGAAUUUCUAUUGUAUUUCUAGUGCAAAAAAAGGAAUACAUUAUUGUCUUAAAAUUGUAUUGUAUUUUUUUUUUUGAAAUAAGAAAAGGGAUAACAAAGGGUUUGUCAAACCUUCCAGUGGAUGAUGAUAAUAAUAAUAAAUUUCAUUUAUAGAGCACUUUUCAUUGCUAAAAGCAAUCUCAAAGUGCUAAGGAUGAGGAUACCUGAGUUCAAUACAUAUCAGAUGACAUUCCCUACCAAGAAGAAAUAUGGUCCAAUCUAAUUUUUCCUUUUUCUCAGUUCCCGACUUUUGCGUGUGUUGCAUGUGUGUUUUCAUCAUCAACAUACAACGUUGCACAACUUCACACUGCUUGUGCUCGUCACCUGCAAUGCUGCGUUUGAACACACAGAGGUGCUUCAGCAUCACAGUACCCUGCCCCACGUACAGACAUGGUGACUGACCAUGUUUCUGUCUGUACUGUAGUUGUCUUGGUAAAACACAGAACAAAAGCUGUUUUCACAGAAAGAAAAGAAAAGGAAAUCGAGGGGAAGGGGUCAGAUCUUAUUUGUAUACACCUUAAACAACUGAGAAAAAAGUUCAUGUUUUUAUUAACCCUAAGUCAAAGUCAUUGCACCGACAGUUUAUACCCGAUUUUCCAUUCCUGCUAUGCUUGAGUUUAAUUCUGGGUUUCUUUCCACGUGCCAAUGUGCUCUGACUCUUUUGUUCUCAGGGUUCACCCACAUCUCAAAAGAGUCUGAGGGUCUUUACUAGUAGAUCCAAACGGUACCUCCCUUAAAACUAUUAUUAGAUAAAUUUAAACUUGGGGCAUUUAAGUUAAGAUUUAUGCUUGUGUGGCUCUGUAAUGCAGUGAAAUCGGACGAUAUUAGAACUGAAAAAGUUCCUUGAUAGUUAACGUAUGCGGUUCAUUGUUGGAAUGGUGACUGGCAUACUGUUUUAAUUAUUUUAUCUUUUUAAUGCUAAGUUUGGAAAUUACUUAGAUUCUUUUUUGUGUUGCUGUUAAUGGCAAACUAAUACUGUUGUCACUCUCGAGUGUACACUAAGGGUGUGUUAUUUGAUUAUUUUUCAUCUGUUAUUCUCUGCACAGUAAAUGAUAAAUAAAUAUUGAAUAUGGA